AUGGAGAUUAAAGAGGCGGAUCAAAGAAUAGUUAUCGCUAAACCGGUUGCUUCAAGGCCUAGUUGUUUCAAUUAUAGGACUACGACUUCUGAGCUUCACGCGAAUGUCAUUAAUUCUCGACCAUCCAACGAUUCUUCAGAUCAAAUACUUGUUCGAGCAAUUCGACCAAAAACAGUUAGAUUAAAGCCAAUUAAUUCUCAUGUAGCCGCUGCUACCUUUCCUUUUGGGGCAAAUUCGGGAAGCUGUUACCAACCAUCUAAUUUAACGUCACGUUUGGACAAGGAAAAGACCGAUGUUGGUUUGAUAUUGGAGCAAACGAAAGAUACGCGAGAAGAAUUGAUUCCACUAGUAUGUGCUGCGGAUCGACCCACUUACGACGGGUAUAAUUGGAGGAAGUAUGGGCAAAAGCAUGUUAAAGGAAGCGAAUACCCGAGAAGCUAUUACAAGUGUACCCAUCCAAAUUGUCCGGUUAAGAAAAUGGUUGAGCUAUCACUAAAUGGGCAGGUAGUAGAAAUUGUGUAUAAAUGCGAACAUAACCACCUUAAACCGCAACCUCCCAAACAAAACUCAAAGGUGGAAGAUAAUAAUAAUAAUACUAAGAUCGUCGUAAAUGAAGAGGAGUCGUUAGUAAGUACUUUAGAAACGACCCACAUCAAUCAAACAUCAGAUGUUUUAUUGCUAGAAAAUUCUCGUGGUGGGGAUAUUUUGGGGGGAGAUGAACUUAAGAAGAAGAGGAGAAUACAUGAACUAAUGUUUUUCUACAGAAAAAUCGAAGGGACGAUGCCAAACUCUAGGGAAAAUGAGACUAGUAACGACGGUUUUCGAUGGAGAAAAUAUGGGCAGAAAGUUGUCAAGGGGAAUCAAUAUCCUAGGAGUUAUUACAGAUGCACUGCCCCCAAAUGCAAUGUUCGAAAACACGUCGAGAGAGUUUCGGAUGAUCCAAUGGCGUUCAUCACAACUUAUGAAGGAAAACACAAUCACGAUGUGCUUUUAUCCAAAAACUAAUGAUAAAAAUGCGAGACCAAAGUAAUGACAAUUAAUAUCAUAAAAGUUACAAUUUUUGGUUGUCUGUAUAAUUUGGAUGUGGAAUCAUAUAAAUUAUAUAAUUGUAUACAUUUCUCAACAUGUCUAUAAUAUUAGUAUCCAAACAUAUAAUCUCUAAUUCAAGAAAUAAAAACAAAAUUUUCUAAGGUGU